AUGAAAGUUUUUUCUAUUAAAGGUUGUAAAACAACCAUUAAAGAAGAAGGUAUUAAAAUGCAUGGUAUACCCAAAGGGAAUAUUGGUGAUCAAUGGGUCCACCAAAUAAGACAAUUUCAGCCAGAUUUUCAGCAAACAAAAUAUAGCGUGAUUUGUAGUAAACAUUUUAUUGAAUCAGCUUAUUUUGAAGGUGGAAUAUAUGGUAAAAAGGUUUUGGACAAAUCUGCACUACCUAGUUUAUUUAAAAAACCUAUCAAUAAAAAUCUUUUUCCAAGUGAAAAUAAUGACGUUGUUGAGGUAUUUCCUGACAAUUUGAAUGUAACAUUCGUCAGUGAUAGUGAGUGUCAGUUAGAUAAACAGAAUACUCAAUGUAUGAUACCAGAACAAAUGGUUUUCAAAGACUCAGAUGAAUCAAUAAAUUCUGCCAUUAUAGAUAAACCAAUGCCUAUAAAAUCCAUGAAGCGCAAAUUCUAUGCAAGGGAUUUCAAAAGUAUCGACGAUAUAGAAAGUCCAAACAGCAGAUUAAAAUAUUGGAUUGCCUCAAAAAAUGAACACGAAAAUCAUAUAAAAAAAAAUCAAACAACUGAGAUUAGCUAA